UCUGUAGCAUAGGUUUAUCUCAAGUUGUGUAUUUCUUAAUCUACACACGACUUUUUGAAGUAGGGACAAUGUGCUAGUGAUUAGUUUGUUAAGAAAUGUAAUAAGAUUUUCGAUACCUAAUGAAAACUCAUCACGAUAUAUAAAACAUCAUACCUACGGCUAGCAAAGCCAAAGGUGACAGAACUCCACACGUUCAUCUUUGGUAAUUAAUGGGAGAUAAUCUACGAAUUUAAAGAAAAGUUUAUUUAAAACAGUUUUUCAUAAUGACAUCUGUUGUUGGACAUGUCCAAUUAUCUGAUAUACAGGAGGCCAAGCAGUACAUGAAAGGGAAGUUACAACCAACACCUUUAGUCCAAUUAUGGGAACAUAAAAAUAUCUUUUUAAAAUUGGAAAACUUGCAUCCUAUCGGUUCCUUCAAACUACGAGGUGCUUUAAAUGCUAUUAGAAAGAUACCAAUAGAAAAAUUGUCACUGGGAAUAUGUACUGCUAGUGCUGGUAACUUUGCUCAAGGUUUGGCUUGGAAUGCAAAGAACAUGGAUUUAACGUGCAAUGUGUUGGUACCAAGUCAUGCUCCAUUGACCAAAGUAUCAGCUGUGGAGAAGCUGGGAGGAAUUAUAACCAAAGUGCAAUUUGAUAAAUGGUGGGAGGCAAUCGAGACACAUAGUUAUGAAGGAAUGCAGGGAACAUUUGUCCAUCCUGUCUGUGAACCAGAUGUCGUAGCAGGUAAUGGGACAAUAGGUUUAGAGAUAGUGGAUUGUAUACCUGAUAUCAGUAACAUUAUAGUUCCCUAUGGAGGUGGGGGCCUGAUUUGUGGCAUAGCUAUAGCUGCUAAAGCACACAAUCCAAAUAUCAAAGUAUAUGCAUGUGAAGUGGAGACAGCUUGUCCAUUGAAAGCAUCAUUACAAGCUGGGAAACCAGUCGAAUUCCCUUAUCAGGCCAGUUUUGUAGAUGGAAUGGGAGGGAAAUCUGUCCUUCCUCAAAUGUGGCCUCUGGUUAAAAGUCUAGUGACAGACUCGAUUGUUGUUAGUCUACAGGAAGUGGCUGAUGCAGUAAAGCUUUUGAGUGAGAGAAACAAUAUAAGGGCAGAGGGAGCAGGCGCUGCUACCGUAGCUGCAGCGAUGAAAGGUGUUGUAGGAGAUGGAAAAACAGCAUGUAUAAUAUCAGGUGGAAAUAUAGAUACAGAUAAAUAUAUACAGUGUUUACAGGGCAAUGUUCCAUCUUAAAACCAUACUGCUGAACUAAAGGAGGAUAAAAGACAAAAAAAUAUUUAUUAUUAAUUAUGACAUACAUUGUAAUCAUUCAAAACAGGUAUAAUUCGUUCUUACUAAUACGUCAGAAGACGAAUACGUCAGAAGGCAUAUAGUUCUUUAUUUCCUAUAAUCCUCAUAUAUCUUCAGUCAAUUUACUUUAUUUUUAUGGUCUUUAAUUUGUUUUUUUAAUUUUACUUCAAUUUUAUAUGUGAAUCAUUGUUUUUUAUAUGUCUGCGAUGAUUAUUUAAAACGAUAUCCCUUUUAAUUAUAUAUUACUGAUAAUUUUUUAAUCAAAAAUUAAAUAUUUAUGUAAUAUUGCUGUGCUCUGGAUAUCCGAAAGACCCUGGACAAUGU